UACUGGAUAAAUGAAUACACCUCCACCUUGGGGAUUGGUGUCUUCCACUCUGGCAUCGAGAUCUACGGCAGAGAGUUUGCCUAUGGAGGGCAUCCCUACCCUUUCAGUGGGAUUUUCGAGAUCACACCUGGCAGUGCGGUAGAACUUGGCGAGACCUUUAAAUUCAAAGAAUCCAUUGCCUUGGGCACUACAGACUUCACAGAAGAAGAUGUGGAUAAGAUUAUGGAAGAGCUGGGCAAGGAGUACAAAGGCAAUGCGUACCACCUGAUGCACAAGAACUGUAAUCACUUCUCUGCUGCUCUGGCUGAGAUACUUUGUGGGAAAGAGAUCCCUCGCUGGGUGAACCGCCUGGCCUACUUCAGCUCGUGCAUCCCCUUCCUCCAGAGCUGCCUCCCCAAGGAGUGGCUGACCCCAGCAGCCCUGCAGAGCCACAUCAGCCUUGGCCUCCACAAGGAGGAGCAGGGGGACACAACGGAUGAGGAGUCCCCCUCCACCUCCGCAUCCCCCUCAGCCUCAGGCACAUCGCGAACCUGUAGACAUACCCGGGUCUAAACUGUGCCCAGUAUGCCCUCAAAUAACAUCCCCCUCUCUUGUACUAUUUCUUUCUCACACCCUUUCACACACCUUGGUUUCUCUCUUCUCUUCGACGGACAACACAGGGGAGGGAAGACCCUUUCUACUAAGGAGGUGAAACUUCAGUCCCUUUUCCAAGGGCUGCCACUACAGUUGCUCAGCAAAAUGACUGUGAGCCCCAACGCUAAAAUGAAGGAUUGUGGUGACUAAGCUGGAUUCUCCUCCCAGGGCCGCUGUGCUCCUCGAUCCACGAACUGCUGGCUCUCUCAGGCAUGAGAGCAUGCGUAUGGGCAGGGGGGCACCAUACUGUGAUGUUCCUUCUCUGGAACUGUUUUAUCUUUUUAUCUCUUCCCCCACCCCUGUGAGCCCAGCAGCCUCCUCUCUAUUUUGGCUGGGUUUGCCAUUCCCCUAUGACAAAUAUGCCCAUACCCAGUGAAGGAAGCAGAGCCAGAACUCAACCUUCUCAUCUCUUAGACCAGCAACAAGCUCCACUCAGCUCCAUCCCUUUUGUAAUUAUCAGGUUUAUAACUCAUGUGAAGGACAAAUGAAAGGUGCUGCUGUUCUACAACCACCAGUUUUCAGUACUCAAAUUUAAGAGCUCAAAUGACUGUCCUGCUCUUGAAAAUCAUAACAAAGAACCUAGAA